CUUACUCCAAUUUGUGCCCAACUGAUAAAAAGUCUAUCCUUAUCCUUCUCAACAUUGUUUCUUAACGUUGUUUCUUACACAGGGCCGGCAUCCGGCUGGCUUAUUCUCAGCCCUACCAAGAGAUCCGUGUCGAAAUAGUGGCUGACUCCCAUAAGAACAAUGGCCGAAGCGCUGGCCGUCAUCGGUAGCGUUUCUGCUGUUGUUCAGCUCAUUGAUUUCAGCGGUAAAUGCAUAUCGAAGGGCGUCGAGCUGUAUCGUUCGGGUGACGGUAUCCUCGACGAGAACGCUGCAAUCGAGCUUGCCGCUAAUCAUCUCACCACUCUUCGUGUUCAGGUCGAAGACCGAGCUGUUCGCUUGAAUGACGCCGAAUUGCAGAACCUUUGUAGCGCAAUCGCAAGUGCAAGUUCGGACCUUUCUGAGGUUUUGGCCGAGGUGAGGAUGCAGGGCAACAAGACUAAAUGGAAGACACUACGAAAAGCGAUAAGAAGCGUCUGGAGCAAGGAUAAGAUACUGGAUUUAGAGCAUAGACUAUGUUCCUUCCGCUCAGAGCUGAAUUUGCACAUCACCCUACGUGCCAAGUAAGUGAUCAAAGUCACACCCCUGGUUGCGCUAAUAAAUUACAUCUAGACAACAGCUCGAAAGCUUAGGAAGCGACAUCGAGUCACAGUUCGCAGGCACUACCGAAGCCCAGAGGCGG